AUCCGUCAUUUCACUUUGGUUUUCCCAUCGCAGUUCCCGCAUAUCACCGCCGCCUCCGUUUAGUCUAUUGCGACGGAGCUUCUCAGUCAGUCCCGCACUCCGCUCCGCCUGCAAAAGAGACUCGACAGUGGGAAACUCUCUGAUUAAUUAAGUCGUCUCUCCCCUCGAAGACUCAGCCGCGAAGAAAACCCUCCCAUUUUCUCCAGAUAACCCGAGCCGAGCUCCCUGCUUCCACUCCAUUUCUUCUUUCUUCACUCUCUGCGAUGGCGAGUCCAGAGAGCGCCGUCAAUGGCCCGACGAUGACAGCGGGGGCGGCAUCGAAGAGCUUGCGGAAUGCGUUCGGCGGCGUUAUCGCCUUCAUCAUACUCGUCCUGAUUGGAGUCCUGGCCUUCUCGAUCCGCCUUUUCUCUGUGAUAAAAUAUGAGAGUGUGAUUCACGAGUUUGAUCCCUACUUCAACUAUCGAGUUACUCAGUUCUUGUCGAAGAAUGGGAUAUACGACUUCUGGAACUGGUUUGAUGACCGAACAUGGUAUCCUCUUGGCCGUGUAAUUGGUGGAACUGUUUAUCCGGGUUUGACCUUGACAGCUGGCACAAUUUGGAAGGUCGUCAAUUCCUUAAACAUUCCUCUGUCAGUAGAGACUGUUUGUGUGUUCACAGCACCAAUUUUCUCCGCAUUCGCUUCAUGGGCAGCUUAUUUAUUGACUAAGGAAGUUAAGGGUCCUGGUGCUGGACUCACAGCUGCUGCUCUCUUGGCCAUGGUUCCAUCAUACAUAUCUCGGUCUGUGGCAGGAAGCUACGACAAUGAAGCAGUUGCUAUAUUUGCAUUAGUCUUCACAUUCUAUCUAUAUAUUAAGACGCUGAAUACGGGGUCCCUUUUCUAUGCUACUCUAAAUGCCUUGGCAUACUUUUACAUGGUCUGCUCAUGGGGAGGCUACACUUUCAUUAUUAAUCUGAUUCCUAUGCACGUGCUUCUCUGCAUUGUAACGGGUCGUUAUUCUUCUCGACUGUACAUUGCUUAUGCACCUCUCGUGGUAUUGGGUACUUUGCUAGCUUCUUUGGUGCCUGUUGUUGGUUUUAAUGCUGUCUUGACAUCAGAACAUUUCGCUUCAUUUCUGGUUUUCAUUAUCAUCCAUGUUGUGGCCCUUGCAUACUAUAUCAAAGGGAUCCUCUCCCCAAAAAUGUUUAAAGUUGCUGUGACACUUGUUGUGUCUGCUGGCCUAGCAGUCUGUUGUGCGGUUAUAGCAAUUCUGAUAGCAGUGGUGGCAUCCAGCCCGACAAAGGGAUGGAGUGGGCGAAGUCUAACUCUACUUGAUCCGACUUAUGCAAGCAAGUAUAUACCAAUUAUCGCUAGUGUUAGUGAACAUCAGCCUCCUACUUGGCCAUCGUACUUCAUGGACAUCAAUGUGUUAGCUUUCUUGGUUCCGGCUGGGAUUAUUGCCUGCUUCAUGCCCUUAACCGACUCAAGCUCUUUUGUCAUCCUUUAUAUUGUAACUUCUGUUUAUUUCUCUGGUGUCAUGGUACGGUUGAUGCUUGUACUUGCUCCUGCAGCAUGCAUCUUGUCUGGCAUUGCACUGUCUGAAGCUUUUAAUGUCUUGACUCGAUCAAUCAAGUUUCAGCUACCUGGUAUAGCAGGGAACCCCAGCAUUGCUGUAAGAAUGUGGUGUAUUAUGAGUACUUCCAAAGAAAAUGGUUCAAGCACUGUUGUAGCACCAAACGACAUACCAAAGACUGAAGAAGCUGCAAAAGAAAAACCAGCGAAAAAGAACAGGAAGAAAGAAAAGGAGAAUGUGGAGAAGAAGCCCACACCAUCCAAAACUGAGAAGAGGCUUCUUGUCUUACCUCUGGAAGCCUCAGUCAUUGCUGUUCUCUUGCUUGUAUUGCUUGGUGCCUUCUACGUGGUUCAUUGUGUAUGGGCAGCAGCAGAAGCUUAUUCAGCCCCUUCCAUUGUUCUUACAUCUCACUCGAAUGAUGGUGGCUUGCAUGUUUUUGAUGAUUUUAGAGAGGCCUAUUCAUGGUUGAGCCACAAUACUGACGUGGAUGAUAAAGUCGCGUCAUGGUGGGACUAUGGGUAUCAAACAACUGCUAUGGCUAACCGCACUGUUCUCGUCGACAACAACACCUGGAACAACACUCAUAUCGCAACUGUUGGCACAGCCAUGUCAUCCCCCGAGAAGCAAGCCUGGGAGAUCUUCCAUUCACUGGAUGUGAAAUAUGUCCUAGUAGUCUUUGGAGGUGUUGUUGGCUACCCUAGUGAUGAUAUCAAUAAGUUCCUUUGGAUGGUUCGCAUUGGAGGCGGUGUGUUCCCUCACAUCAAAGAACCUGAUUACCUGAGAGACGGGCAAUACCGGAUCGACGCUCAAGCUACUCCCACCAUGCUCAACUGUCUUAUGUACAAACUGUCGUACUUCAGGUUUGUAGAAACAGAUGGCAAAGGAUUUGACAGAGUACGAAGGACAGAAAUAGGCAAGAAACAUUUCAAACUCACCCAUUUCGAAGAGGUAUUCACCACUCACCAUUGGAUGGUGCGGAUCUACAAACUGAAGCCCCAAAGGAACAGGAUCCGCGGCAAGACAAAGAAAUCCAAGUCUUCGAGAUCGGUUAGCUCAAAGAGAGAUGUAAGAGGAAAGAGGAAUCCUUGGCACUAAGGGAUAAACUACCAUCUCAUACAACGAAGCCAUCUUCAUUCUUCCCCAUUGGUGUGUUAACUUUACUCAUUUUCGCCACGUCCUCUUCGAGAGGUGCAGAGCUUGGUGAAGCAAGCAGUCAAGGGGAGAGAUUUUGUAGGACUACCUCCACCCAUGUGGUUUCUUUUUGUUGCGACAGAACUUUGACUAGAGAUUAACAUCGUACAUUUUGGAUGAAAUACUAUCCAGUCCAAUUAGUGAAAGUUAUGGAUUCAUCUCUUCGGCUUUUUAAUCGCAGUAGCUGUAACGCCUGCUCAUGCUUCUCGCUGCUGCUGGAGUCGAGUCAGAUUCAAUCGAUUAGCCUUCGUUGACAAUAUGGACUUGUUGCGACAACUUAGUUACGUUCUAGUGACCAAUUUGCAACCAUUUUGGUUCUCUCUUUCAUCGAUGUAUCAACCACCCAGCUAACCAGGUAAAGAGAAACCAACUCAAAGGUAUUCAAAUAGGGCGUUUCGUGUCACUAUAUGUGCGGGCAAUUUGCAGCCGAUGGACAGCUGAAAGUGCUAUGCUGCCAUCGAAAACCACUGGCAGGAUGAAUUCACUUGCACAGCAUCGCGGAUGCAGAAUUCAUUUACACAGCAUCGCAGAUGGUUCGAUCCUGAAGCUGACCAACAAGAACCUGGGAGUCUCCCUCAACGAUUGCCCCACUGAGUCAGCCUCCCAAGUAGCAGUAGAGCGCCCCGUGCAGCUAAGAGAUUAGCCAGAUAAGGGCCAGUGAACCGCCAUGAUCCUGAGCGAAAAGCAUAUAGACCAGCCUGCUACCUGAAAGACCAAGCUGGAUGCACAACAUACGGGGGAGAGAACUGGAGCAACAAAAUAGACCUGGAAAGACCCUGGAGGCGGAGGAGAGAACGAUACAGUUGUAGUGAUGACAACCAUUCAGACUUUUAACCCAGUGGUUUAUGGUGCCUGCGAUGAUGCUUCUUUUUCCUUCAUUCCUCGUUAUUACUCCCUUUCUCUCAGUAUGUAAUUGCCUUUUCUUUGAGAUGGACCAAACACAGUUCACAGUUCAAACCGCACCUCUGAAUCAAUACUAAACAUUUCUUUAUGGCAGUGAAGUGAUCAUAUGCUGUUCGAACUUCGAACCACUCUUUCCGCUCCAAGGAAAUCAAGCACUGUUGCCUUAGAGUGUUAGAGAGACAGAGGCAAGUUGAUAGCCAGGUGAGCAAAUUUCUUCCUCGGCAUCUCAGUGACAGUGAGGCAGGAUCUGGAUAUGCUCAGUUUCUAUCAUUUGGUUCUACAGAGGCCACCAAAGGGCGCAUAUUGGUGUGCAGUAGAGCAGCUUGAAUUCCCAUGCCAAGCAUUAGCCCAAGGGAGAUACAAAUUUCUGCACAAAUGUUUCCUUCAUUCUAUUUUUGGCUGCAAUGCAACGCAUUCUUAAACGAACAUGGGCAUUGCCACAGUUGUUCACAAUGUGGCCGGAUGAAGGUUACAAAUAUGGUUCACCAAUAUUCUCCACAUGAGCACUCACCAUCUCUGAAAUGGUGAAAACGGCUAUUGUCUCUGACGACUAUCUCCCUCCCGACUAUCUUCGAGAUCAACUUUAUCGCUGUAUGGCAGUCCACACAUAUUCUGAUGUUCUUUAUAACUCGAAUUGUUGUUCCAGCAGGCGUGCUCAUGAUGCCAAAUGCUAUCGCCCGUCUCUCACUGUGACCAUACAACAAGUACUUCUUCUGCUCAUCGUCAACAUCAUGCAGCACCUCACUCGUGUCAGCAACAUACCCCGCUAGCUCCAUUUUCUCUUGCAAUUCACAGAGAGCAUUGUUUAUCUCAUCAUGCAGCGGAUGGGACUUAUCAUCUGCAAUAAAAGUAUGAAUCUUGUUCUUCACUUCUAUCCAACUACAAGCAGGGUUUUUCCUUAUCCCCAUAUUCCUCAUGGUCAUUCGUACCUUUGCAACUUCCUUCCAUCUGCCCUCAUUUGCAUAUAUGUUGGACAGAAGAACUCGAGCACCAAUGUUCUCUGGAUCGACCUCGAAAAUCUUGCUUGCGACCUUCUCAGCCAAGUCGACAUUUUUAUGGACCCUACAAGCCGAGAGUAGCAAGGACCAAAUCGUACCGGUGGGUGUGGUCAUGGUACUGAUGAGUUGAUAAGCAUCGUUCAGCUUUCCCUUCCGGCUAUAAAGGUCUGCCAUUGCAGCAUAGUGUUCUAACCCUGGCCUAAUACCAUAUUCCUCAGUCAUUCGAUCAAAGUAUCUUCGACCUUCAUCUAUCAUGCCAGCAUGACUGCAGGCAGUUAAGAUCGCAGUGAUUGCCACAUGAUUUGGUCGAAUUCCUUCCAAUUUCAUCUGCUCGAAUAAUGAGAUGGCAUCUUCAGCAUAACCAUGUAAAGCACAACCCAUUAUCAUUGCUGUCCAGGAUACCAUGUCACGACCCUUUAUGCCGUCGAAAAUCCAUCCAGCGGUCCUAAUAUGACCACAUUUGGCAUACAUGUCCACCAAUGAACUAGAAAUAAAAACAUUAUCAUCAAAUCCGCACCUCAUUAUGUAUCCAUGAAGCUGCUUUCCCAAAUUCAACGUGGUCAAGUGAGCACAAGCAGGCAUGAUACUGGAGAAUGAAACACUCCCUGGUAUAACAUUAUCCUUCAACAUCUGCCGGAAGAGUCUCAAGCCUUCAUCAAACAUACCGUUCUGCACACAACCAGCAAUAACCGAGUUCCAAGAAAUGGUGUCACAUUGACGAGUAAUCUUGAACACACGUAUCGAGUCUUCCACUCGAGCACACCUCGAGUACAUGUUGAUCAAGCUGCUAGCAACAUAAAGGUCCUUAUCAAAGCCAUAUCUAAUGACAUAACCAUGAAUCUCCCUUCCCUUAUCAACAUCCACGUAUUGGGCAAAGAUAGGAAGUAUGGCUGACAAAGUAAAUAUGUCAGGCUUCAGCCCUGCACCUCCCAUCUCCCUAACCAUCGCCAAAGCAUCUUCGUGCAGUCCAUUUUGUGCAUUCCCCGCGAUUACAGUGUUCCAAGAAAUGAUAUCUCUUGUUGUCAUCGUCUCAAAUACCUUCUUCACGCUGCUAUCCGCUCCUGCACCAGUUCUACUUCUACCGUCUAAGCAACUACCAAGCUGAGGAAAAACAUCUACAAACCGCUUCAGGACAGUGUUGGUACUAAUACCCACACCAUCCUCGCUUUCCUGCGAAAGUUGGCUUGCAAAUAGAUUAUCAACAGUCCUCUCAGACAUUCCAUCGAACACCUUGCGCCUGUCACGUUCCCGCCACUCGCUCUCAGCCAAACUCUGCAGCUUUGCAUACAUAUUAAUGAGUGCAUUCCCAGUAAUCAAAUGAACGUCCAUUCCCAACCUAAUAAUGCACCCAUGAACCGCCUCCCCCAAUCUCAAAUCCAGCAGAAAGGCGCAAGCUUUCAGCACAGAAGGGAACACGCUGUGAUCAGGGGUGUUACCGGAAGCUCUCAUGUCUACGAAAGAGGCCAGUGAUUCAACAAAGCGCCCAUUCACCGCGUAGCAUUUGAUGAUUGAUUUGUAUGCGAGAGAAGGCGGGGACUGUAGGGUUUUGAACAGGCAGAGGGAUUGGUUCAGGAGCUUGAAGUUGGAGUAAACGCAGAUGGCUGUGGAUGUGUAAAGAGGUGAAGAAGGGUUGUGCUUGAGGAUUUGGGCGUGGAGCUGCUUGGCUUCGGAUGCGGAGGUGAUUGCUCCCGGCCGCUUGAGAAGGGCUUUCAGGAGCUGUUUAACUUCGAGUUUGGUUGCGAUGGCGCCUGGGUUUCUGAGGAGAGCUUCGAGCACGCCCAGCGUGGAUGCCAUUGUUGGUUAAU